AUGGGAAGAAAGAGUAGUAGACGGCUACAGCUUAAGCCGUUCUGCUACUUCUGCAAUCGCGAGUUCGAUGAUGAAAAGAUACUCAUUAUGCACCAAAAGGCGAAACACUUCAAGUGCCCAGAAUGUAAUCGCAAACUCGAAACCGCUAACGGCCUAGCGGUACAUAUGCAACAGGUACACAAACUCAUACAGAGGAAGGUCCCAUUCGCCCUAGAAAGCAGAGAUAACAUCACCUCAGUCGUACAGGGAAUGCAAGGAGUGCCAUUCGAGGCAAUUGAAGAACAUAGAAUGAAGUACCAAAAGAAAUUGGGAGAUAUAGAUACGAAAAAACAACAAAGGAUCAUAUGGGCAAUUGUAUCAACGGCACCAACGCCGGAACAGUUCCUUGCACAACUGUCUAUAGGAAAUGUAUACUUCCCAGGAUUUACGGCACCCCAAGAAAAUGAAAUGCCGCAACAACAACAUCCGGUACAAAAUACAUAUGGACAAAUGCCACCAUAUCAAAUGGAUAUGAUGACAAACUAUCCACAUCAGGGACCAUACCCACAACCACCAAUGCACGCUUACGGAACACAGCCACCGAUGCCAUACCAAACACCAGGAUAUGCAGCACACGAAAGAAGAGGACGGAGGUUCCCAAAUGGACCUGAAAACAACACAUUCCAGCCAAGAGAUGAUUUCACAAGACAAAAAGGAUUUGGGCAUGUAGGCUCAGGACCAUUAAUUCUAGGACCAAGCGGACAACCAAUCGAUCCAAGCCGUAGCUAUGGAUUCACACCAGCACCACCAGCCACAAGACCUACACCAAUCACAACAGGAGGACCUAUAGCAGCAAAACAGGGAUUCACAUCAGCACCAAAGGGAUUCAGUAACGCACCUACAAACGCAGCAAUCAACCCACCAGCAAGAGGAGGGUUCAGUGAUAAUAGUUUUCAAAGGGCUGGAGGAUUCACAAACCCUAACAAUUUUCAAAGAUCAGGUGGAUUCAGCGAUGCACCGACAACAACAAAACCACCGCAAGGGUUCAGUAAAAAUGAUUUCUCAAGGCCAAAAGGGUUCAGCGAUGCACCAACAACCACCAGACCUACACAAGGCUUCAGCAGUGCUAGGGGGAUACCAGAUUCAACAAUACGACAAGCCUAUGCAACAGAACAGAGAGAACGUAGGAAUAGUGCACUAAACGCAGCAGCAAGGGCAGAAGAGGAGACUAAAUCGGAAAAACAAAAGGUAGUGCAAACGCAACACUACAGGCCACCAGGGGUAGCGCCACUAUUCAUACCGCCGCCAACUUUGGCAAACACAAAACUAGCAUGCGAUGUGGACAGCGAAUCUAUAGAAGAAAGACGAGCCAAACUGUUCCACAACUGGAAAGGCUCUGCGUGA